GCAGGCGGCUUGUACCCUGCUCCGGGUACCUGCCCUUCCCGUCCCGGCGUCGGCGGCGGAGUGCGCAAGCGCGGCCUUCGUGUUUCCUCGGCUACAGUCGGCGGCGCUUCGACCGGCUAGUCCGCCGCCGGCUCUUCCGCCGCCCUGCGCCAUGGCGGGCUGCGCGGCGCGGGUUCCGCCGGGCUCCGAGGCGCGCCUCAGCCUCGCUACCUUCCUGCUUGGCGCCUCGGUGCUCGCUCUGCCGCUGCUCACGCGCGCCGGCCUGCAGGGCCGCACCGGGCUGGCGCUCUACGUGGCCGGGCUCAAUGCGCUGCUGCUGCUGCUCUACCGGCCGCCGCGCUACCAGAUAGCCAUCCGAGCUUGUUUCCUUGGCUUUGUGUUUGGCUGCGGUGUGCUGCUAAGUUUCAGCCAGUCUUCUUGGAAUCACUUUGGCUGGUACGUGUGCUCGCUGUCAUUAUUCCACUAUUCUGAGUACUUAGUGACAGCUGUCAAUAACCCCAAAAGUCUCUCCUUGGAUUCCUUCCUCCUGAAUCACAGUCUGGAGUACACGGUGGCCGCUCUUUCUUCCUGGAUAGAGUUCACACUUGAAAACAUCUUUUGGCCAGAACUGAAGCAGAUCACCUGGCUCAGCACCACUGGGCUGCUGAUGGUGGUGUUUGGAGAAUGCCUGCGGAAAGCGGCCAUGUUUACAGCUGGCUCCAAUUUCAACCACGUGGUGCAGAGUGAGAAGUCAGACACCCACACUCUGGUGACGAGCGGGGUGUACGCCUGGUUCCGGCAUCCCUCCUAUGUGGGGUGGUUUUACUGGAGUAUCGGAACCCAGGUGAUGCUGUGUAACCCCAUCUGCGGUGUUGUCUACGCCCUGACGGUGUGGCGCUUCUUUCGUGAUCGCACGGAAGAGGAGGAGAUCUCGCUGAUUCACUUCUUUGGGGAGGAAUACUUGGAGUAUAAGAAGCGGGUGCCCACGGGUCUGCCUUUCAUAAAGGGAGUCAAGGUGGAGCUAUGACGGGCAGAGGCCUGCGGGGCCAGGGAAUCUCUGGCCCUGCACAGCCUAGGACGGAACUGCUUCCAGUUGGCCUCUGCAGAAUGAGUUUCUUAACCAUUUUAUAUGUCACUAAUUACUCCUCAGAAUGUCACCCAAGACCUAACGGUCAGAAGGCCUUAGGACUACAGGGCCCACUGCAGCAUUCUCUUGUGCAGAAUGAAGGCAGAACACGGAUAAACAGUGAACAAGGAGUGUGUCACAACUGUCCCAUCAGUGUGCUUUCUGCAGUGGCGGGGUGAGGACCCAAGCCGCAGUCUCACGCCCCCUCAGGCUAGAGUGUAUUGGCACUGUGACCAGGACAUUGGGAGAGGACACUGCCCUCUGCAGCACUCAUGCCAGAAUGUGUAGUCAGAGCUGCCUCAUAAUAGCAUUCAAAUUACAUCAAAACCCUUUAAUUUAACCGAAAACACAACAUAGCUUUAACCUUGUCUGCCCUAAGUGCAUGAGCAUCUGUGUUAAACUCCAAAGGCUUUGACACUUUGGCUCAUUAUACAUUUAAUCAUUCUUCCACGCCAGUUUCCUAAAAAUAGCAGUGUAGAUUCAGAGGGACAGCAGUGCUCCCCGUCUCUGUGUUUCAAAGCCAACGGGCAGCACAGACUCCUCAGAGUGCUCCGGGGCUUUGAGCAACCAUUGCACUGGGCCUGAGGAUGCAGGCCCCGGGGUCUCCUGCGGCCCUGGCCUCAGAGAUUGUGUUUCCAGAAAGUAUUUUUCAGGUGCCUGUGCUAAUGUUGAGAAGUAGUGCUCUCUGUGUAUUUGGUAUUUUUAUUCAUUUUAUCAUAACUUGUGUUUUGUAUUUUUUGUGUUGCAGUGUUAGUCUAUUAUAUUUGUUUUCUGUGUUCUUUCAGAGUAAGUCACCCAUACUACUGCUUCAGAUGUUCAGAGGGCCCAGCGUAGCUCGUGCGUCUGUGGGUCCAGCAUAGCUCAUGCAUCUGUGGGCCCAGCUUAGCUUAUGUGUCGGCGAGUCCAGGCAGCUGACUCCUAAAGAACUUUCAGUUGGGGGGCUCAGUCCAGGUCCACUGGCAUCUUCGUUCUGCAGGUCUGGGGAGAACAUUUAGCUUUUUCUAUGUUCCACAUAAAAAGCUUCAAGAGGUGUGGUGGUGUGGGACAAUGGUUUAUAUUCUGUCAAUUAUAUUUUAAAUAAAUGCUGAUUGGCCAGUAGCUAGGCAGGAAGUAUAGGUGGGAAAACCAGUCAGGAAGUAGAGGCAGGUCAAUGAGAACAGGAGAAUUCUGGGAAGAAGGAACUCCUGGUUGGUAGUUGUGAGCCCACCACAGAAGAAGCAAGAUGUGACUGCCUAGCUGAAAAAGGUACUGAGCCAUGUGGCUAACAUAGAUAAGAAUAAUGGGCUAAUAUAAGUUGUAAGAGUUAAUAAGAAGCCUGAGAUACUAGGCCAGUCAGUUUAUAACUAAUGUAGACCUCUGUGUGAUUUCUUUGUGACUUAACGACUGUGGAAACCGGGCAGGACAGAAACCUCAGUCAACAAAUGGCACCCACAUGGACAACUGCAUCCACAUAUAGCCUGACAGAGCUUGGGAAGGAAUUCUAGACAGAAAAGAAUAGAGUUAAGCAUGGCUUAUUGAUAGCAUUUUCUCAGAUGGGCUCUGCUUGCUAGAGGCAAGUGCUCUCAUUUAAGAGAGGCUUCCUGACUCAGCAUUGACUGCAAUGAGGCUGGAAUCUCAGAAAGCUAAGGAAUGGGCUGGAUCCAGCUGUCAAAGCCAUGGCUUUAAUCCUACCCAUAUUGCUUAGUAAAGUAAAGACUCAUGUGGUCAGAAAAAGAGAGAUACAGUAAAGAGAGAUUCAAAGAUGAAGAAAACCUCUAAAUUGUUUACAGUGUGUUAAAAGUAUAUGCAAGUUUGGGAGAGUAAAGAAAGAGGUUAAAGUCCUUAAAAUAAAAAAGAGAGUAGUUGGGUUUGGUGGCACAUGCCUUUAAUCCCAGCACUUGGGAGACAGAGGCAGACAGACCUCUGUGAGUUCAAGGUGUGGUAGCACACACCUUUAAUCCCAGCCCUUAGGAGGCAGAGACGGACAGAUCUCUGUGAGUUCAGGGACAGCCUGGUCUAUAGAGUGAGUUCCAGGACAAAAGUGCACAGAAACCUAAAAAAGCCUAAAAGUAAAAAUAAAUAGAGGUUAAAAUAAAGCCAUGUAAAGAUGAACUAUACACAGAGUCUGGAUACUGUGUUAUGCUCUCUCUGAAUUGUCUGAAUGCUGAGGAAGGAGCAACAGCUGCUAAAAGAUGUUUGUUUAUAAAUGCUGCUGAAUUAAUCCAAGAUAAGUCCUUUGAAAAUACCCUGAUUUCAAAAUUGAAGUCAAAAGGUAUGUUUCUUUGGAGAAGAGGUUUUGCUUUUGUUUCCACAGGAAAGGAGAGACUGUGGGUUCAUUCUGAGUUAAGAAAAAUCAGGUUUGGUCAAGGAAUACCACCUGAGAAAUCUCUGGUAGGAACAAAUGGCCCAGAUGUCUGAGUUCAACAUCCAGAACGGAUUCAAGAUGCUGCCUAAGAUGAUCAAGCUUCACAGGAUACUCCAGUCAGGACUUGAUCAUAAUUCGAAAUUUUCUUUAGGUCCCCAAAAGAUUAUCAGCGCCCCCAACCAGCAGGAAGUAGCCUGGAAAACUACGCCCACAUUCCCAAAAAAAUGGACUAUGGAUAUUUUCCUUUGUUUAGAAUGUUGGUUACAAGUUGUUAUGGCUAAUGGUCAGGAGAAAGCUAAACAAAGGAUAUUGGAGUCAGAGGGGUUUUUUGUUGUUGUUUUUUGGGGUUUUUUUGUUUUUUUAAAGGGAGAAGUGGUGAGGGACAAUGGUUUAUAUUCUGUCAAUUAUAUUUUAAAUAAAUGCUGAUUGGCCAGUAGCUAGGCAGGAAGUAUAGGUGGGAAAACCAGUCAGGAAGUAGAGGUGGGUCAAUGAGAACAGGAGAAUUCUGGGAAGAAGGAACUCCUGGUUGGUAGUUGUGAGCCCACCACAGAAGAAGCAAGAUGUGACUGCCUAGCUGAAAAAGGUACUGAGCCAUGUGGCUAACAUAGAUAAGAAUAAUGGGCUAAUAUAAGUUGUAAGAGUUAAUAAGAAGCCUGAGAUACUAGGCCAGUCAGUUUAUAACUAAUGUAGACCUCUGUGAUUUCUUUGUGACUUAACAACUGGAAACCAGGCAGGACAGAAGCCCCAACAACAGUGCGGCCCUCAAUUAAUCGGACCUGGUCUGGAUGUGAGGUCCUUCCAGACUGGGGGUUUUGUCUGUUUCCUCCAAGCUUCCACUCAGAUGUAAAGAGUCUUAUGUAUCCAAACCUGAGGCAAAGUGGACAUUUCCGUGUGUCAGCUAACGCUUGGUUCUGAUAGUAGACAUGCUGCCAGUGUACCUCGCUUCCCUGCCGUCCACCAGGAUCCAGAUCCCUGCUCAGUGCUGUGCUCAGCCAGGUUCUCAUACUUUACAACCUUCCUCGUUCCUUCCCCCAUGUACCUCUGAGCACAGACAUUCUUAACUGACACAUCGCAGGGUUGCCAAGGUGGAUACUUAGUAUUCCCGGCAUUCAGUAUAGCCUUAUGGGAGUCCCCUAGUACAGCUCUCUCCUCCCAGGCCUCAAGCACACCAGUGCACAGACGCACCGUUGGCAAACACUAGGUCAGGCAAGUCCAUGGUGUGAAGCAUGCUAGGCUGGGUCUACACCAGGUACCCCAGUGUGGGGUUGGUAACUAAUGCCAGCCUUGAAGCCAGUGGGACCCACAAAGUGGGUGCUGCGCUGGGACUUGCUGUUGGCAGUGGUGGCAUUGUAUCUUUGGGAGUCACAUCACAGCAGUACAGCCAGCAGGGAAAGGCUCGUUGACCUUGGUGACCCACGUUUCCCUCGUUGGCCAGGCCAAGGCAGGAUUGGUGUUCUCUGCCUCAGCAGAGAUAAUGGGCUUGUGUGGCUGGCGAGAAGUAAAUGCAGGAAUAGGGUGUUGGUGGGCCUGCAGAUGUGGCAUAGAGACUCAGCAGCUGGAAGAAUGGGCCGUGGUGGGUGCUCUGGCCAAGAGGGUUGUUAGGGUUAAUAUGGGUGGAGUGCUCAGUAUUGAGAUAUAUCCUAGGACCUUGUCAGUCCAGUGGGAGUAUCAUGUAGCAUUCAACCAGAGCUGCAAAACCUUGGGGGCUGUGUAAAUUGGGGAAUUCUAGCCUGUUCUUGCCAUAAUAGACAGGCGUUCCAUCAAUAGGGAGGUGACCCCCCCCAAACCUGCUCCUCCACCAAAACUGAGAAUCUAGAAACCUCAAAGACUUGUACCCUGGUCAGUCACCUUAGGAAGCCCAGGAAGCAAGCAGAGCGGGGAAUUCAGCCAGCUGGAAGUGCUCUUGGGGCCAGCCUGCAGGCCUCAUUCACUGCUCUGCUUGGGCCAGCGUGAACCGCCAGGAAGACUGACUACCUAAGAGGCCAGAGCCCCAAGACCACUUCCAGAGCCUGCAGUGGCCCUGACCAAGUGAUGGUGGAGGCGGUGGGUCUGUGGCCAGAGCGCUGCUGUGUCACCACCACGUCCUUCCCUGCUUAGGCCUCCCCAUCAGUGGGAUGGGGCCAGUGUCGCCUACCUCACAGGGGUGUUGUGAGGACUUCCAACAGCGUCCAGUUGAUUUUAAGAUGAGAGAGGUUUCAUGAAUUCUUUCGCAGUUUCGUUGUCUAUUGUAUAUUUAUCAUAUUUAACCCCAGCCCUCAACUUCCUCCCACACCCCUGCCUUUUCCCAAACCCAUCUCCUUUAUGGCCUCUGUUCUUCCUUAAAACAGUUUGAUUUUCCUUUCCUUUUCUUUUCUCUUUUUUCUUUAACUUCUUUAUUGACUCAUGGGAGUUUCAUUCACAUCAUGUGCCACAAUUCUGCUCACCUCCUGGUCACCCCCCAGUGUCAGAUGUUUUAAUGCUUAGGUGAGCCAAGUGGCAUAAUGAGAUCUCACAGUAUGAGAACGUGGUUUCUAUGUGUUAACUGAAGAUAGCUGACGUAUAUUCAAAAGACAUUUAGUCAGCCCAGAAGUAAUUUAUUUUUAGAUUACAUGGCUUAAUUUUCUUUUUUUUUUCUUUUCUUUUUUUUUUUUUCUAUAUACCAAAGAGGCUUAGAGGUUUGCCAGUUACUAGUAUGAGACCAGGACGUCCUGAGGCCUGCAGAGCUUCUGUGGCAGCCAUAGCUAUUAUCCACACCAAGCUGCCCAGGAAUAACCAUGGCAGGACAGCAAUACUCACUUCUGAAAUAUGAGUGCAGCCGGACCACACCUCCUAAAUCCCACCCCACUUAGCCAGGCUGCAAAUGGGAGAGGAUGGAUGUUUGGCAGUCAUACCCAGCUCUCUCUCCAUGCAUCUAGGCUGGGCUGGCUCCAACCUCCAUUCCCCUUGAGGGCCAUGAAGUUGUCUUUUUGAUGGAUGGAGAGCAGCUAAUGACAGCCCUUGGCAUUGUGGGUAGAAAGGCUGAAUGUUGGCAUUUGACGGCACCCUCCACCUGCCAGAGGCAGGAAAGCGCAACUUGAGAGCAGUCCAGGAGAGAGGGAGCCCAUGCCGUGGGAUCACCGCACCCUAGGAGACUUGGGGUUGUGUUUUUAAGGGGUGACUCCAAGGGUGUGAGUGCAGGAAGAGCAGGCCCACCCUCUCGGCACUCCUAGGGUGGAAGUCAGCGAUGCGCAGCCGACUAUGAGCCCCUAUAUGCUAGGUUUGACAGGUGACCGCUUUCCCUGCUGCUGGUCUGCAGAUUAUCCUUAACUUUAUAGAUGCAGCAGCGACAGGUGGUGGCAGAGAGUCAGGCUAAUGAGGCUUUUCAGGGAUUAGACAGGCCACCGUGUCCUAGGGCUUCCGCAGAUUAGGGGACCGUCAGGAGGUUGACUUGUCUAGUUGCAGAAGUUCUUGGGUGGAGAGUGGGUACCACAGAGAGAAAAGGCUACUUGGCAAUCAUGGAAGCACUCAGGAGGCCCCAUAGCCGCUACAAGCAGGGGUGGCGGAUUGCAGAUGAGUGAGCCUGCAAACAGGGCAGAAAACAAACAGUGGCGGCCUCAGUGGGAGCUGCUGCGUGCGCCUUGGAGAUACGUUUUAUUUCUUCUCUCCUCGUAGCGGCUAACUUGGGGGCUGGUGUAUCAGGGAGGCCAAAUUUGGCGUCCGGUCCCUGAGGGCUCAGCCCAAACUCCUAGGUUGCCUCCUCAAAAAAGCCAGUGAGUCUUCCUCUUCCCACAUCUCCCUGCCUUAGGUAGCUCCACUCUCCUGGUGGCAGCAAGGUCAGAGCCCUCGGCCUUCCCAGUGGGUGGGCAGCUGCACAGCUCUGGGAAGGUUGCCCCUGCUCAUCCUGAGUGAGUGGAGGCAGCUUGUCUGACCCAUGGCAAGGCGGGGGAAUUGUGGAGUAAUUACUGUACUCUUCUUUUUACACACAGAAAUGUUUAUUUAAAUAUAUUAAAUGGGAUUUUCUUUCACAGAUACUGAU